UAACAGUAUCUAUUGCAGGUCAGGCAUGAGACUUUGGGGCCCCUGCAUGCUUGUUUGCUUUAUUUUCCCAGGUGGAAGGUAGCUAAGGCCGGGAGAUGCAGAGUACCACUAAUUACCUAUGGAACACAGAUGACCUGCUAGGGCAGGGGGCCACCGCCAGUGUGUAUAAAGCCAGGAACAAGAAAUCUGGGGAGGUGGUUGCUGUAAAGGUCUUCAACUCAGCCAGCUACAGGCGGCCCCCUGAGGUACAAGUGAGGGAGUUUGAGGUCCUGCGGAAACUGAGCCACCAGAACAUCGUCAAGCUGUUCGCUGUAGAGGAAACGGGAGGCAGCCGGCAGAAGGUGCUAGUGAUGGAGUACUGCGCUAGUGGGAGCCUGCUGAGCGUGCUGGAAGACCCUGAGAACACAUUCGGCCUUCCCGAGGAGGAGUUCCUGGUGGUGCUGCGCUGUGUGGUGGCUGGCAUGAACCACCUGCGGGAGAAUGGCGUCGUCCACCGUGACAUCAAGCCAGGGAACAUCAUGCGCCUGGUGGGGGAGGAGGGGCAGAGCAUCUACAAGCUGUCGGACUUCGGGGCUGCCCGGAAGCUGGACGAUGAUGAAAAGUUUGUUUCUGUCUAUGGUACAGAGGAAUACCUGCACCCUGACAUGUAUGAGCGGGCAGUGCUUCGCAAACCCCAGCAAAAGGCGUUCGGGGUGACUGUGGACCUCUGGAGUAUUGGGGUGACCCUGUACCAUGCAGCCACCGGUAGUCUGCCUUUCAUCCCCUUUGGUGGGCCCCGGCGCAACAAGGAGAUCAUGUAUAGAAUCAUCACAGAGAAGCCAGCGGGGGCCAUUUCAGGGACUCAGAGGCAGGAAAACGGGCCCCUGGAGUGGAGCUCUAGCCUCCCCAUCACCUGCAGACUGUCCGUGGGCCUGCAGAGCCAGCUGGUGCCCAUCCUGGCUAACAUCCUGGAGGUAGAACAGGCUAAGUGCUGGGGCUUCGAUCAGUUCUUUGCGGAGACCAGUGACAUCCUGCAGCGAACUGUCGUGCACGUCUUCUCCCUGCCCCAAGCGGUCUUGCAUCACAUCUACGUUCAUGCCCACAACACGAUUGCCAUCUUUUUGGAGGCUGUAUAUGAGCAGACCAACGUGGCCCCCAAACACCAGGAGUACUUCUUUGACGGUCACCCUUGUGUCCUUGAGCCAAGCCUCUCAGCACAGCACAUUGCCCACACAGCGGCCAGCAGCCCUCUGACUCUGUUCUGUACGGCCAGUGACACGCCCAAGGGGCUAGCCUUCAGGGACCCUGCUCUGGACAUCCCAAAAUUCGUCCCCAAGGUCGACCUACAGGCAGAUUACAGCACAGCUAAGGGGGUGCUGGGAGCUGGUUACCAGGCUCUGUGGCUGGCGCGGGUCCUGCUGGAUGGGCAGGCAUUGAUGCUUCAAGGGUUACACUGGAUCCUGGAGGUGCUUCAGAACACCUGCCAGCAGACACUGGAGGUCACACGGACAGCCCUCCUCUUCCUCAGCAGCAGCCUGGGCAACGAAAGGUUCAGCAGUGGGGCUGGGAUAGCUGACCUUCAGGAACUGAAGGAGGCCACAGAACUGAGGUCCAAGCUGCAGACGUUCUCAGAGGUCCUCUCUAGGUGUUCCCACAGUGUCACGGAAACCCAAAUGACCCUCAGCUGCCUGGGCACAGAGCUUUUGAAGAACCGGGAUCAGAUUCAUGAUGACAACAGAAGCAUCCAGAAGAUUCAGUGUUGUUUGGACAAGAUGCACUUCAUCUACAAACAGUUCAAGAAAUCUAGGAUGAGGCCAGGACUCAGCUACAAUGAGGAGCAGAUUCACAAGCUGGACAAGGUGAAUUUUAGCCAUUUAGCCAAGAGGCUCCUGCAGGUGUUCCAGGGGGAGUGUGUGCAGAAGUAUCAGAUGUCACUGGUCACACAUGGCAAGCGGAUAAGGCAGAUGCAGACGGCCCAGAACCACCUGCACCUCAUUGGCUGCUCUGUGGCUGCCUGUAACUCAGAGGCCCAGGAAGUCCAGGAGAGCCUCAGUAAGAUCUUUGAUCAGCUCCUCCUGGACAGAGCUCCUGGACAGGGGGCUCAGGGCUCACCACAACCUAUGGCUCCUCAUCCCACGAGGAAUUCUGAUCCAAAGGACUUGGUCUUCCAAGGCUGCUCCAGAGCCUCUGCCAGUAAGCUCUGGACCAAGUGACCUGGGCCUCAGCCAUCCCUUUCUUCUGCCUUGCACAGCAUGCAGGAGCUUUGUAAUGAUAUGAGGCUGUUGGCCUUUGAUCUCCAGGACAACAACCGCCUCAUUGAAAG